AUGGAGUUCACAGAAGUGGUUGGCUGGAUGGCCUUCACCACCUCUGUAAUUGUCCAGCUAGUUGGAAUUGAGGUGUGUAUGAGAAUUAUAAAGAAGGGAUCAACAGGAGAUAUAUCACCUAUCCCAUUCCUUACCUACUUCAUAGUAGCAUGCCUGUGGGCCAAGUAUGGCAUCAUACAAAACAUCACACAAGUCCUUGUCGUUAACUCAUUCGCCUCGCUCCUCCAGUUCUUCUAUCUUGUCAUUUACUAUAUAUUUACUGUUAGAAAGUCCCAGUUUGUGAAGUUAUUUUUCGUGAGCAGUGUGAUACUAUUCCUGCCUUUAAUCUAUGUCAAGUAUUACCAGAAGGAUGAGGCGUUAGCUACAGCCCACUUUGGCUCAUUCUGUGUCCUUAUGUCUAUUAUAGCAUACGGAGCUCCUCUUGCCUCUCUGAAGGAUGUCGUAAGAACAAAAAGCACAGAAUGUAUGUCAUUUCCGGUGGUGUUUGCUAACUUUGUGGUAGCUAUUGAAUGGUUUGUGUAUGGAAUCACUAUCAAAGAUAUAAAUGUACAGUGCUCAAAUUUCCUUGGUGCAGUGUUGUGUUUUAUACAACUAGGAUUGUUUAUAAAGUACCCUUCUAAACCAAAACAGACGUCCACCACUGUUUUGUGA